GAUGGACAUUGACUUUCAAGUUAUCAAGAGAGUUCAUUGACAGAUCUGCUUAGGUGAUAAAGAUCUAGGUAUGAAUAUAAGAUUUAUGUUGGAUGAUGAGAAGGGUUGGGGGAGGGUGUAAGGUAAGCCAGAUGACAGGGUCGACAGUCAACGCAUAGCGAUGCAACAUCAGACACGCGGAACAGCACAUCCUCAGCUAAUUAGAAUAUAGCUGUUUUUUAUGAGCGUGGAAGAGGAAGAGGGAGCCAAUGGAUGAAUACGGUGGAAGAGAGGGGAGGGUCACCCAUGAUCGUGAUAUUUAUUACACGGACCCCCUGCCGGACAUUAGUAUUUAACUCUGCUUCUAUACUAGCAAAUGUUGGUGGAGGCCUUCACCCUUCUUUGUUCAGGUGGUUGGAACCUGCCACCAUUUCUAGAAAUCUUCCUUAUUCUUUCUUAGAGAAAAAGAAAGAAUUUCUUUGUGAAUUAUCUUCAUACAAACAAUAGAAAAAUGUGUCUUCUCAUCCGUUCACGUCGUUUCUCACAUUUGUUCGAUCUUUUUAAUGAAUUUUACAUUCUUUAAGAUUACUAAUCGACCCGGUAAACUUCCGGUUAAUCGUAGAUCUCCCUCAUCGAGUGAGAUAGUCCAAUGUCUUACUAAAUGGGCGAUAGUGAUUGAGGUACGGUGUUAUGUACGAAGAUCAGCAUCCUACGUAAGAACGCUUUCUCAGGGGUCAGGUCAAGUGGUUGGUGAAGAUCCAAGAUAAUUGAACAGUAUAAUUCAUUAGUUGUCCAUUUGCAAAAAUGACGGAAACAUCUAGAGAAGCUGAUGUGCCUGACUCAGAGAAUCCUGAUAAUGCGAGUACGUCUUUGAAUUUAGCAUGUACUCCAGCUAACAAUGGCAAACCACUUCCGGAUCGUGGAACGUGGAGUACCAAAUUGGACUUCAUUCUUAGCGUGGUUGGACUGGCCAUUGGACUCGGCAAUGUAUGGCGUUUUCCUUACCUCUGUUAUAAAAACGGAGGUGGUGCUUUCUUGAUCCCGUAUUUCUUAACAUUGGUACUAGCUGGUAUACCAAUGUUCUUCAUGGAAUUAGCUCUUGGUCAAAUGUUAACAGUCGGCGGUUUGGGUGUUUUUAAAAUUGCUCCACUUUUUAAAGGUAUCGGUUACGCCGCUGCUGUGAUGUCCUGUUGGAUGAACGUUUAUUACAUAGUUAUCCUUGCAUGGGCGAUAUUUUAUUUCUUUAUGUCCAUGCACAGUGAAUUACCUUGGGGUAGUUGUAAUAAUUACUGGAAUACAAAAUAUUGCGUAAAUCCUUACGAUAGAAGUUCGUUACUUUGUUGGAAUCAAGUGACAAGGAAUCACAGUGUAAUCAAAAUGUGUUCCGUUAAUCAAUUGAACGUCACCGUUAAUGAACUUACAGAUCCUGUAAAAGAAUUUUGGGAACGUCGAGCAUUACAAAUUAGUGAGGGAGUAGAAUACGUAGGUACUAUACGUUGGGAAUUAGCUGGUACUCUAUUAUUGGUAUGGAUUUUAUGUUACUUUUGUAUCUGGAAAGGUGUGAAAUGGACUGGCAAGGUAGUUUACUUCACUUCACUUUUCCCUUACGUUCUACUUACGAUUUUAUUAAUUCGUGGGAUUACUUUGCCUGGUGCAAUGGAGGGUAUAAAAUUUUACAUCAGUCCAAAUUUGUCGAAAUUAAAAGAAUCUGAGGUAUGGAUAGACGCAGUCACACAAAUUUUCUUUUCCUAUGGACUCGGCCUUGGAACAUUGGUUGCUCUUGGUAGUUACAACAAAUUUACCAACAACGUUUACAAGGAUGCCCUCAUCGUUUGCUCGGUAAAUUCAUCGACCAGCAUGUUUGCUGGCUUUGUCAUCUUCUCGGUUGUUGGCUUCAUGGCUCACGAACAACAGAAACCUGUGGCCGAAGUUGCUGCUUCAGGACCAGGAUUAGCUUUCCUUGCCUACCCUUCUGCAGUCCUUCAGUUACCAGGUGCACCGCUCUGGUCGUGCCUUUUUUUCUUUAUGUUACUUUUGAUUGGCCUGGAUUCACAGUUUUGUACUAUGGAAGGGUUCAUCACUGCAAUGGUGGACGAAUGGCCUCAGUUGUUACGUCGACGUAAAGAAGUAUUUAUUGCGAUAGUUUGUGCUUUAUCUUAUCUCAUCGGACUCUCAUGCAUUUCUCAAGGUGGAAUGUACGUCUUUCAAAUUCUGGACUCUUAUGCUGUAUCUGGAUUCUGCCUACUCUUUCUGAUCUUCUUCGAAUGUAUUUCGAUCAGUUGGGCUUUCGGGGUGAACAGAUUUUACGAUGCUCUUCGGGAUAUGAUCGGUUAUUAUCCCCUAAUGUGGUGGAAAUUUUGUUGGACUAUAACAACUCCGAUGAUAUGUGUCGGAGUUUUUGUCUUCAACUUGGUACAAUGGACGCCGGUAAAGUACUUGGAUUAUGAGUACCCGUGGUGGUCACAUGUAUUGGGCUGGUUCACAGCAUUAUCAUCUAUGCUUUGUAUACCAGGAUACAUGUUAUAUGCAUGGAUGAAAACACCAGGUGAUAACAGUACGAAAUAUAAAUUGUUAAUUCGAAUAGAAGAUGAUGUUGCAGCUUUACGAACAAAAAUGGGCCAACCAUCGGUCGAAUUAACACCACUUUAAAAUGUCUAGUCCCUGUUUUUAUCAAUUACCUAAAACACAGGGAUCUAUUUUGACCUUAUGAGACAUGAGGAGAAAGAACGCAACACUGCCGUUCUCAUUGCUUCCAAAAAGUUUCAACGCUCUGUGCGUAUGACAAUUAAAUCGGCUUAUUAAUUAGCCAUUGUUGUAGGUAUUACGUCGAUCUAUCGCGAACAAGGCGAUAUAAAUAACAACAAAUGAUAUUAAUAGCGCUAUUCGUUAUUAUUACUUCGGACAUAUCGAAAAGGACGAGAAUUCUCAAUGCUUCUACUAUUAAUCGUUGGCGUUAAAACUCUUGUAAAAAGUUGUGUAAAGAAAGAGAAGAAGAGUGUGUUAUAUCUAAUGUAAGCGUAAGCUAACAAAAAAAAAUACAUACACGUGUCUUUAUGUGCAAUGUACUCAUAAUACAUUAUUAGUCUGAGUUGCACUUGUAUGCUCUUUAGGUUGAAAGUAUUGGUAGGUUUAGAAAGAUCAAUAUACGUAUAUAUACGUGUAUAUAUACGUAUGUGUAUAUAUAUAUGUAUAUGUAUAUGUAUAUGUAUAUGUAUAUGUAUGUGUGUAUAUCUAUAUAUAUAUAUAUAUUUACGUAUAUUUACACAUACGUAUAGAGUUAUAUUACAUAAACGUAGGUAUAUAGGAUAUAUAGAUGUGUAUGUAUAAAAAAAAUAAUAUAUGUUAAAAGUUAGAUUUAGUAUGCUUAUAAGAUUGCAUAAAGAAUUAUUAAGAAGAAAAACCAAAAAACAAAGCAAAAAAAUCAACAAAUAAUUUAUUCGUUAUCGUUUAUCACACUAGUUAUUCCAUUUGAGUUUUAACACCAAUCGUGAAAGAGUAAAUGAAAUGACAAAAAAGAGAUUAAAAUUGGCACUUUAUUGUUAAAUGUAAUAAAAAAAAAUAGUGCAUAUACAUACGUACGUGCAUCCGUAAUGUGUUCAUAUAGUGAAUAUAAAAUGAUGAUCAUUUGUGGAUCGACGUGUA